CAAACAACUCGGGGCAAAGAGACCUUAAUGGUUUUAUGCUAAAAACAACAAUUCCUUCAGGCAUUUUAUCAAACAACUUGUGGGCACAAUGUAACAGGCCACUCUAUCGGUUAAAAAUCAAAUUAAUCAAAACUGCAAAAAACGACGUGUCAUCUCACUGAAGAGCGAAACCUUUUAAGCUAAUACAGUAACCGACAAAACUAGAAAGCAAUUGUAAAAAGCGCUCAAAACGCCAGAACUGGAACAUAGAAGGAGCUUGUCUUCGUCGUCUCUCAGGAUAGGCCCAGAAGACAUUGCUGAGCAGAGUUGAAGAAAUGCAAAUGCAAGCUUUAAUGCCAAUGCGACCUCGUUUUGCUGAACUAUUGAGCCGUCAAUGGCUAAAACCUUUAAGCUUCCGCGCUUUUUCAUCUUCAUCAGAUUACUCGAACCAAUCCCGUGGCGGUCUCCCUCGCUUCUUCUCCGAAGUUCUUCCUUCUUCAAAAGGAGGUGUUGUUCGUCUACAAGGUGAUGAAUUCUGGCAUAUGACUAAAGUUUUAAGGUUGAGCACGGAUGAUAGGGUAGAGCUCUUCAAUGGGAAAGGAGGUCUGGUAGAAGGAUGCAUUCAGAGAAUUGAUCGUACUGGACUUGAUUUUCUGGCAGUUGAAGAUCCAAAGUUAAUUCUUCCUAAGACAACAAAAUGGCAUGUCUUUGCAGCAUUUGGUACUCUAAAGGGUGGUCGAGCUGAUUGGCUAGUGGAGAAAUGCACUGAGCUAGGUGCUCAUAGUGUGACACCUCUGCUUACAGAACGCUCCCCAUCAAUUUCAGAAAACCGUGUGGAAAGAUUUCAACGAGUCAUUUUAGCAGCAACUAAGCAGUGUCAGCGGCUGGAUGAAAUGAUUCUAAACCCUCCUACAAAAGUUAAUGGCCUUUUACCUAUUGUUGCCAAGUCAAAGCUUUCUUUUCUGGCAGCAGCAGAAGCUGCUCCUGUUGUUAGCGUAUUGGCGUCAUCAAGAAAUGAAACAAGUGGAUUGAUAAUGGUGGGACCGGAAGGAGACUUCACGGAGAGGGAGGUGGCUUUGAUUAUGGAAGCAGGUGCUACAGCUGUUGGUCUUGGACCUCUUCGACUACGUGUUGAAACUGCAACAAUGGCACUUUUAGCAACUCUAACGUUAUGGUCUGAUGCUCAACAGCUAUCCAAUGCAUAGUUACAUUACAAAGCGAUAUUCGAGCUUUACCAGUUUGAAGAGUGCUUCAAUAAUUACGCUCCAUUGUCCUCAAUAUUUAACUUCCUGCAGUCAUAAACUUCAGAACAAUUUUGUUCAACAUUCAUACAGUUACCUAUCAUGGGUAAUUCCAACUUACUCUUGUGCCUUGUAAUGAAUUCAUCUCAAAUGUUUGGAUACCCGUAGUUCCUCGACUUUGUGUUGGAAAAUGUUCAUCCUAGUUAUAAUACUCUCAGGGUUGCCUGCGAAUUUUAUUUUGUGAAAAGAAAAAUGCAGAUUCUAGUACUGAAAUUUCAAAAAUUUUAACAUUUCCAAGUCUAAGCGAACAGAUCUGGAUGGGGUAUGGUUGUUGCAUGAUGAAGGUAUAUCAGGGGAAGGCUUUGGCUUUGAAUUUCCACAAUAUGACAUACCAGUCUUUAAUUUAUGCUAAUCAAUUAUAUUAUAUUAUGGUCACCUUUGUCUAGCAUUUAUUAUUUUAGAGAUAAAGUUGAAGGGGACUCGGAGAUUCCUUAGGCCUUGUGUUGCUUAUUAUUAUUGUAAGUAUGGCCACAGUGGUCGGCUGCUCUUUUUAACAUUUAUGAAUUUAUAUUAUUUUGUAAGAUAUUAGUAUCAUUUAUGUGUUGACUCUUAUCUUUUGUUUUUCCAA